AUGGUUAAGGAUGAAAAUAUGCGAGAUGAGCUGGAAGAAGAGAUUGAUAAUUUAAGAGCUCGUUUUUUUGUAAAUCGUCUUUUUGAGAGGGUAUUUUGUAGUCAUUAUUUAAGGAAGGUAAUGAUAAGAAGCAAAUGGAUGAGAUACAGAAUGGAAGUGUUUAUAUUACUUCUAAUAGGUGUGUUAAGUUUUAUUAUAAGAUUAUUUUCAGUAAUACGUAAUGAGGCUAUAAUACAUGAAUAUGAUCCUUAUUUUAAUUAUAAAUUAACAAAUAUUUUAAAAGAAGAAGAUUUUUAUAAAUUUUGGAAUUAUUUCGAUGAAAAGUCAUGGUAUCCAUUAGGUAGAACAACUGGGCAAACAUUAUUUCCAGGAUUAAUGAUUACUAGUUUUUUAUUUUAUAAGAUAUGUCAUUUUUUUGGUAUAUUAGUAAGUAUGAGAAAUAUAUGUAUAUAUAUUGGUCCGAUAUUUAGUUUUUUUACAUGUAUAAUAUCUUAUUUUUUAACAAGAGAAAUUUAUAAUUUUAGUGGUGCAGCUUUAUUAUCAGCAUUAUUUGUAUCUAUUUCACCUUCUCAUAUUUCAAGAACAGUUGCUGGAUCUUAUGAUAAUGAAUCUAUAUCUAUAUUUUUAUUAUUAUUAUGUAUAUAUAAUUGGAUCAGAUGUUUAAAAAAAGGAUCUCUUUUAUCUGUAUUAAUAUGUUCUCUUUCAACAUAUUAUAUGGCAUUAUCUUGGGGUGCAUAUAUAUUUAUAACGAAUUCGAUUAGUUUAUUUAUGUUAAUUAUAAUAAUAUUAAAGAAAUAUACAAUUAAACAUUUUAUUAUAUAUAAUGUAUAUUAUAUUUUAACAACUAUAUUAUGUCUUAAUAUUCCAUGUAUACAUCGUUCAGUCUUUAUAAGUAUUGAACAUUUAGCAACACAUUCAAUUUAUAUUCUUUCUACUUUUAUGAUGUUUCUUCAUUUUAUAAUGAAACAUUUUCAUCUUAACGAAAUAUAUAUAAAACACAAAUUUAUACAAUUAUCAUUUAUUUUUUUUAUUAUAAUAUUUAAAUAUUUCAUAUUUACAGAUAAAUUAUCAUGGAAUCAUAGAUCUAGAACCUUACUUGAUCCAACAUAUGCAUCUAAACAUAAUCCAAUCGUAGCAUCUAUAUCAGAACAUCAACCAACGACAUGGUCUUCCUAUUUUUUUGACAUACAUUUGAUAUUGUUAUUUUUCCCCCUUGGAUUAUAUGAGUGUUUUAAAAAAAACGGAUCAAUAGAAUCAUUUUUUUUAGGAAUCUUUACAGUCUUAUGUUUAUAUUUUUCAUCUUUGAUGGUAAGGCUACUUUUGAUUUUUUCGCCUUUCUCAUGUAUACUUAGUUCGAUUGGAUUAUCAUCAUUAAUAAGUCGUUUUGUGCCCAUCAUAAGGAUUUCUCCGGACACAUACUUGUCCUCGAUUAUAUUAUUGCAUAAUGUCAAACGCAAAAACAACAAAAAUAAUGAUAAUGAUAAUGAUAAUAAUGAUAAUGAUAAUAAUGAUAAUAAUAAUAAUGACAAUAAUAAUGAUAAUGAUAAUAAUGACAAUAAUAAUGAUAAUUAUAAUAAUGAUAAUAAUAAUGAUAGUUAUAAUAAUAAUAACAAUUAUAAUGAUAGUUUUACAUAUCCAAAUAUACCAUCUAAUGGGAAUGUAUUAGAUAAGGAUGAAAAUGUGUCUUCUUUAAAUUCUAUGAGAAGACAUGAAAAUAUUUUGGAAGAAUUUAAUACAAUAAAAAAUGAUAUAAAGUAUAUGGGAGAAUAUAAGAAAGGAAUAAAAUGUAAUAAUAAUACAAAUAUAUAUGUAAAAAAAUUAAAUUUUAAUAAAUUAGAAAGAAGAAAUAAUAUAUCUAUAUUAACCAGUGUAUCAAUAGUUCUGAUGUUAUUAUAUUAUGUCAUAUUAAUUAUUCUUCAUUCAACAUGGUGUUCAUCUAUAGCUUAUUCAGAAUCUAAUAUUACAUUUUAUAGUAGAAAUAAAAACGGAGAUAGAUAUAUUAAUGAUGAUAUAAGACAAAUGUAUAAAUGGAUAAAUGAAAAUACCGAGAUAAACUCUAAGAUCGUUGCAUGGUGGGAUUAUGGCUACCAAUUAAGUGUCAUGAGUAAUCGAAUAACCUAUAUUGAUAAUAAUACUUGGAACCCUGAACAAAUAGCAACUAUUGGUUUAAUAUUAAGUACAAAUGAAAAAGAAGCAUAUGAAUAUUUAAAGAUGUUAGAUUGUGAUUAUAUACUAGUUUCUUAUGGUGGAUAUUCUAAAAAUUCAUCAGAUGAUUUAAAUAAAUUUUUAUGGAUCUUAAAAAUUACAAAUAAAAAAUAUAAAUUUAUUAAUCCUUUAUUUUAUUAUUAUCAUGAUAAAUAUCAUCCAUUAGGAAAAAAUGCUACAACAUUUAUGACAAACAGUGUACUCUAUAAAUUGUCGUAUUAUAAUUUAACGAAUAAUAAUAUCAAAGGUUAUGAUUACAUUAGAAAAAUUCAAGUACCUGAAAUUAAAAAUUUAUAUUAUUUUGAAGAAGUCUUUACAUCUGAUGUUUGGGGAUUUCGUUUAUACAAAAUAAAAGAUAUAUAUUAA